CGCAAGGAAGGCUCAGGCCUUACACUUUAUUUCUGUAAAUGAGAGACAGAUCUGGCUUGUGAUCAGCUAAGCACACUCAGGUAACAAAUUAAAGCCAUCCCUCUUAUCCCCUUUUCCCAGCACGUGAUGCUGAGGUUUUAGAACAACAUUAAAUAAAAGCUCACAAAGCGAGAUGAGAAAUCCGGAGUGGCGGCAACGCGCUCUGUCUGUGUGUUACAGAGUCAAUUCCACACUUUAAUCGGGGGCCCCCCGGACAACACUCAAAAACAAAACUGUUUCUUUCAUGGCCAUAAUAAAUAGUCCUGCUGGCCUGUGGAGAAGAAGUAACAGCCCAUGGGAAAUGGCUUCUGGUGUCAGGGACAUGGCCACCGGUGCCUGGUGAGGAGAGCACUGGGGUGGUUUGAGCAGGCCAGGCUCUUCUGUUCACCCCACGGUGGCCCAGGGCUGUUCUGUCCAUCAGGAGAGGUUCAGAGUUCCAGGGCUGUUCUGUCCAUCAGGAGAGGUUCAGAGUUCCAGGGCUGUUCCAUCAGGAGAGGUUCAGAGUUCCAGGGCUGUUCCAUCAGGAGAGGUUCAGAGUUCCAGGGCUGUUCCAUCAGGAGAGGUUCAGAGUUCCAGGGCUGUUCCAUCAGGAGAGGUUCAGAGUUCCAGGGCUGUUCUGUCCAUCAGGAGAGGUUCAGAGUUCCAGGGCUGUUCUGUCCAUCAGGAGAGGUUCAGAGUUCCAGGGCUGUUCUGUCUGUCAGGAGAGGUUCAGAGUUCCAGGGCUGUUCCAUCAGGAGAGGUUCAGAGUUCCAGGGCUGUUCUGUCCAUCAGGAGAGGUUCAGAGUUCCAGGGCUGUUCUGUCCAUCAGGAGAGGUUCAGAGUUCCAGGGCUGUUCCAUCAGGAGAGGUUCAGAGUUCCAGGGCUGUUCUGUCAGGAGGGGUUCAGAGUUCCAGGGCUGUUCUGUCCAUCAGGAGAGGUUCAGAGUUCCAGGGCUGUUCUGUCAGGAGAGGUUCAGAGUUCCAGGGCUGUUCUGUCAGGAGAGGUUCAGAGUUCCAGGGCUGUUCCAUCAGGAGAGGUUCAGAGUUCCAGGGCUAUUCUGUCCAUCAGGAGAGGUUCAGAGUUCCAGGGCUGUUCUGUCCAUCAGGAGAGGUUCAGAGUUCCAGGGCUGUUCUGUCCAUCAGGAGAGGUUCAGAGUUCCAGGGCUGUUCUGUCAGGAGAGGUUCAGAGUUCCAGGGCUGUUCUGUCAGGAGAGGUUCAGAGUUCCAGGGCUGUUCUGUCAGGAGAGGUUCAGAGUUCCAGGGCUGUUCUGUCCAUCAGGAGAGGUUCAGAGUUCCAGGGCUGUUCUGUCAGGAGAGGUUCAGAGUUCCAGGGCUGUUCCAUCAGGAGAGGUUCAGAGUUCCAGGGCUGUUCUGUCAGGAGAGGUUCAGAGUUCCAGGGCUGUUCUGUCUGUCAGGAGAGGUUCAGAGUUCCAGGGCUGUUCUGUCCAUCAGGAGAGGUUCAGAGUUCCAGGGCUGUUCUGUCAGGAGAGGUUCAGAGUUCCAGGGCUGUUCUGUCCAUCAGGAGAGGUUCAGAGUUCCAGGGCUGUUCUGUCCAUCAGGAGAGGUUCAGAGUUCCAGGGCUGUUCUGUCCAUCAGGAGAGGUUCAGAGUUCCAGGGCUGUUCUGUCUGUCAGGAGAGGUUCAGAGUUCCAGGGCUGUUCUGUCAGGAGAGGUUCAGAGUUCCAGGGCUGUUCUGUCCAUCAGGAGAGGUUCAGAGUUCCAGGCUGUUCUGUCAGGAGAGGUUCAGAGUUCCAGGGCUGUUCUGUCAGGAGAGGUUCAGAGUUCCAGGGCUGUUCUGUCCAUCAGGAGAGGUUCAGAGUUCCAGGCUGUUCUGUCAGGAGAGGUUCAGAGUUCCAGGGCUGUUCUUUCCAGGAGAGGUUCAGAGUUCCAGGGCUGUUCUGUCAGGAGAGGUUCAGAGUUCCAGGGCUGUUCCAUCAGGAGAGGUUCAGAGUUCCAGGGCUGUUCUGUCAGGAGAGGUUCAGAGUUCCAGGGCUGUUCUGUCUGUCAGGAGAGGUUCAGAGUUCCAGGGCUGUUCUGUCAGGAGAGGUUCAGAGUUCCAGGGCUGUUCUGUCCAGGAGAGGUUCAGAGUUCCAGGGCUGUUCUGUCAGGAGAGGUUCAGAGUUCCAGGGCUGUUCUGUCAGGAGAGGUUCAGAGUUCCAGGGCUGUUCCAUCAGGAGAGGUUCAGAGUUCCAGGGCUGUUCCAUCAGGACAGUUUCAGAGUUCCAGGGCUGUUCUGUCCAGGAGAGGUUCAGAGUUCCAGGGCUGUUCCAUCAGGACAGUUUCAGAGUCCUCUGUCACCGUGCUGCUCUCAUCCUGCGGGUCCGAGCUCUGCUGGCUCCCCAGCACCUGACCGUGAGCUGCCUGCGGCGCUGCUGCCUCUCCCACCGGAGAGCACUGCCGGUCCUGGGACAGCCCCUGGGACACAGCUGAGGCUCCUGCACCUUCUCCUCCCCUGGCAUGGCCUGCCCCGAGCCCGGCAGUCCCUCUCCAGCCUCUGCCUGGCGAGGCUGAGCGGGACAGCGAGCCGUGGGCUGGCUGGAUCUGCUCCAGCAGGCGCGGGGCCGGCUCCUUCCCCGCCAGCAGUCAAAGUGCUGAGCUUUCGCUGAGGUAUAUCAAUCAUCUGCAACACGCCAGGAACCAAACCUCUGCUUCCAUCUCUUUUCCCCUUUCUAAACCGCUCUGGGGGGCGUCCAAACGCUCAAAGCAGGGACUGGAGACAAAUGGCUUUGCCCUUCCGAGGCCUUCUCUGUCAGCUUUGCCUUCCAAACGCCUUCUCCACCCCUGCACCUGGACUUGCACGCUGUCCCACCCACACAGCCUCACACCAGCACCGCUCUUCAGCUGGAGCAGUGGCGUUUCCAUCACCCUGAUGUGAGAUCUUCACAGUAAGAACGCGUUUUUGGGCUUGUCGAGGCCUCCUCCCAGGUCCCAGCAAGAACAGAAACCAGGGCUAGCACAGCAAACUCCGCUGUUCGUUAUGUGAGCCUCACACGAGUCCUCGUCACAUCUCAGAGCAUUUAGCUUGUUAAAAGGGUGGAAAUAAUUCCUAUAGCAGUAGUCGAAUGUGGGCCUUGCAGCACUAAAUACAGCAGUUUCUCUUUUACAAAUGCAAGCAGCACCGCUGUGCCGGACGGCACGCGGCAGGAUGGCGAGGAGAGCAGAGACUGUCUCGUAUGGCACUAUUUACAGACCUCCCGUUAAAAAGCUGCCGAGUUGGAUUGAAUAUAAGUAUAGAACAUUUCUUCCAUAUACAAACUCUCGUUAGCCGGUUGGUUAUUAAGGUGCUCAGAAGUGUGGCUGGAAACAGAAGUUACAGUAGAUCAGUCGCGUCUUCGUCUAUUUACAUGCAGUUUCCCGCUGACACCAGCGUCCUCCGCAGGAGCUGGGAGCAAAGCGGCCAGUUUCGAGCCUAGUGCCACGGGAACUGUUGUUCUCUCCAGGAGAUCUCUGUCAGAAGGAAAACCAGGAGCAGUUUGGUUCCCUUUUCCAGCAGCGGGUGCCCUGGCUGAGUCGGUGUGGCGGGCGGUGCCGGGCAGCGUCGCGGCGCGGGACACGCUGCUCCCCGCUCUCAGCGCCCGUCCUCCUCCUCCUCGCCUGUCCGGGGCAGGACUCGCAGCACCAGGCUGUCA